AUGACCCUGUUGCAGCGGCGCUCUUUUAUCACCUCGGGGUGCGAUAGUAAAACAUUAAGAGCUUUGCUUUUAUGAGAUCGCCGUACUCCUUUAGCACACGGAGGUCAGGGCUGUGCGAGCGGCUCUGACCUGUUCCAGCUUGCACCGUGACUCGGUGUGACUCCCGUAACGUCGGAUUGAUAUUCACCCUGAGAUGAAGCAGUAGCCGGAGUAUCAUGAUCGCCCUUCUCUUGUUACAAACCGUCUGUUCCCACACUGUUCAAGCUGGAGAGAAAGGGAUGAAGUUCUUCGAUUCGUCCUUAAACUGACAUGGACCUAUUUGUACAGGCAGUCUCCCAUGACAACACGGCUUGGAUCCUGAUUCCGAAAUUCCCAAAGAGAGUUAAAGACAAGAAACUGAAACCAAUAGGGCAACUUUUUAUGAAAAUUUUUUUCUCUACACCAAAGAUUUCAACAUAGCUUCUCAUUGAUUGAUUUCACCUCAUGACUGUAGCUAAAGAGAAAACUGUCUCCGGUGAUUAUCUCCUCCAAGACUCCUCGCCGGCUGAAAGCGCCAAYAUGAACGCCACGGGCCACCUGGCAGCAGGCAGCUUGUGCGCCAUAUGUGGUGACAGAGCGACGGGGAAGCACUACGGGGCGUCCAGCUGCGAUGGUUGCAAGGGCUUCUUCAGGCGCAGCGUCCGCAAGAACCACAUGUACUCAUGCAGGUUUAACAGACAGUGCAUUGUAGACAAAGACAAGAGAAACCAAUGCAGAUACUGCAGACUGAAGAAAUGCUUCAGAGCUGGCAUGAAGAAGGAAGCUGUACAGAACGAGAGAGACCGAAUCAGCACCAGGCGGUCCAGCUACGAAGACAGCAGUCUACCGUCCAUCAACGCUCUCAUUCAGGCAGACGUUCUAUCCAGACAGAUCACGUCGCCUGCGCCCAUACUGAACGGCGACAUAAGGACCAAAAAGAUCGCCACCAUCACGGACGUCUGUGAGUCCAUGAAGCAGCAGCUGCUGGUUCUGGUGGAGUGGGCCAAGUACAUCCCAGCUUUCUGCGACCUUCCCCUGGACGACCAGGUGGCGCUGCUGCGAGCUCAUGCAGGAGAGCAUCUGUUGCUUGGUGCAGCCAAGAGGUCCAUGCUCUACAAAGACAUCCUCUUAUUAGGAAAUGAUCACAUUAUCCCCAGAAACUGUCCAGAGUUGGAGGUGGGAAGGGUAGCAGUGAGGAUCCUGGAUGAGCUGGUGCUUCCCUUUCAGGAGCUCCAGAUAGACGACAACGAAUACGCCUGCCUGAAGGCCAUCGUUUUCUUCGACCCAGAUGCAAAAGGCCUGAGUGACCCGGGGAAGAUCAAGCGGAUGCGGUACCAGGUCCAGGUCAGCCUGGAGGACUACAUCAACGACCGGCAGUACGACUCCCGGGGCCGCUUCGGGGAGCUCCUCCUGCUGCUGCCGACGCUACAGAGCAUCACCUGGCAGAUGAUCGAGCAGAUCCAGUUUGUAAAACUCUUCGGCAUGGCCAAGAUCGACAAUCUGCUGCAAGAAAUGCUUCUGGGAGGUUCGGCUAACGAAGCUCCACAUGCGCCGCACUCUCUGCACCCUCAUCUGGUCCAGGAGCAUCUCAGUAGCAACGUCAUAGUAACCAGCAACAUGCCAACGCCAAUCCACAACGGUCAAAUCUCCACUCCUGAAACCCCGAUCCCGUCCCCGCCCACCGCCUCUGGAUCAGAACAUUAUAAAAUGCCUCAGGGCGUCAUAGCAACGGUGCCCAAGCAGCCGACCUCCAUCCCUCAGCCGACCAUCACGAAGCAGGAGACCAUAUAACAGAAGCUUGAAUCCUUCUUCUUUCUGGUUUUUUAUAUUGUGAAAAGUUUAUACACAGUCUGCAUUAACAUGCUGUCAAAUUCAAAGGCGCUAAAUAAAUAUAAUGUAAUUCCAAACUCCUUAUAAAUAGCCUUCAGGGACAUAUUUGUAUAUAAAAUACAGCUGUGGUUGAGCUCCACGGCUCAAAUAAAUCUACCUGCAUUGUAAUUUUCCAGUUCUGCAAACAUACCUCGUUAUCGGGUAACAUUGCACAAAAACACCAAAUCUUACCAAGUAUUUUUUUGUCUAUUUUUAGUACAAACAUUUUCUUAUACUUAAAAAGUUACAAAUAAUCUUUCAGGAGUUUGUUUUAAGUCAUUUCCUAAGUAUUGAUGAGAAAGUAUUAGUUCAACUAGCAGGUUUCUUUUUUUAAACUUUUUUUUAACUGAUAAAAAUAAAUUUUUCAAGUGAAAUAAUAUGCCAGCGAAACUGAAUUUUCAUCAAUAUUAAGGAGUUAUUGAUUUAAGACAAGCUUCUAUAACUUGCUGAAAAGUUACUUUCAAGUUAAUGCACUUGAAAUACAACAAAGCUAAGAUAUUUGAACUAGAAAACAAAUCAGAAAUACUUUGUGAGAUUUGGUGUUUUUGAUGUGACUAAUUUUCCAAAUAGUAAUCAUGAUAGUACACUGCAAAAAAACUAAAUCUUACCAAGUACCAAGUUUUGGUCUAGUUUCUAGUACAAAUACCUUAGCACAC